GUUCAUUUACAUGUUUUGGGGUUGGCCCACUUACGGAAAUACGGAGUGAAAAGAAACGGAACCCGCCUCUGACAUUUAAACUCCAAGAAAGAAGGGUCUCAGACGUUGAGCUCCUGCACCUCCCUGCUCCUCCUGACAUCAGAAGCUGGUAGAUUGACAGGGCAUAUCCAGCCAUGUCGUACGGGAAGGGAGACCACUAUGGCUCGCAGCCGCAAGACUUCAGCAGUCUUAUUCAGGCGUGCGGCUCUAACAUCCACAAAAUCACACAGAACACUGCACAGAUUAAAAGCAUGGUGAACCAGCUUGGGACGAAGCAGGACACCAGUGAGCUUCAGGACAGACUGCAGCAGCUGCAGCACUACACCAACCAACUUGCAAAGGACACCAACAGAUACCUGAAAGACCUGGGUGCUCUCCCUCCACCUUUGUCCCCUUCAGAGCAGAGGCAGCAGAAGAUCCAGAGGGACAGACUGAUGAAUAACUUCUCCACGGUGCUCAACGACUUCCAAGCUGUGCAGCGCCGCGCCGCUGACAAGGAGAAGGAGUCAGUGGCCAGGGCGAGGGCCGGGUCCCGCCUCUCGGCUGAAGACGGCACCCGUGAUGAACAGCUAGUGUCUUUUGAUAAUAAUGCUGAGGGCUGGGGCCAGUCAGUGGCUCAGACUGAGGAGGAGGCCAUAACAGAGGAGGACCUGGAGUUGAUCAAGGAAAGGGAGACCAACAUCAGACAGCUGGAGUCAGACAUCAUGGAUGUGAACCAGAUUUUCAAGGACCUGGCAGUGAUGAUCCAUGACCAAGGAGAAAUGAUCGACAGUAUUGAGGCAAAUGUGGAGAGUGCUGAGGUACAUGUUGAGCGAGGAGCGGAGCAGUUACAGAGGGCGGCCUAUUAUCAGCAAAAGUCACGAAAGAAGAUGUGCAUCCUGGCCAUGGUGCUGUCUGUGGUGAUCACCAUACUGGCCAUCAUUAUUUGGCAGGCGUCUAAAUGAGGAAGACUGCUAUCCCAUCAGGCUUUUAUAGUCCCUUCAUCUUGUUGGGAAAAAGGGGGUCAGAGGGAACCAUUUUAGGGGUGCACUCUGACUGAGGUUUGUGUGUGAGUAUAUGUGUGUGGGGGUGGGGGGGGUGUCAUCUUAUGAAGCCAGCCUUUUCAUAAGAUACAGAAGUAGUAUUCAUGAGCAAAUGAAGAAGGAUAAAAAUGCUGGGGGAAAAAUGAGAUUGACUGACUGUAAUCAAUCGAAUAUUCCGUUAAAAUUUUUGUACUAUUCACUGCACUAACACUGACACUACUGUAUUUUGAAGGAUGAAAUUAUUAUUGUUGCUAUUACUGUUGUAAUCAUUGUAAAGAAUACUCAUGUAAGUAUGUGUAUAAUUUUUAUGCAAUGCUGCAUAGCUUAACAUUUAUGUAAAUUCCAUAAAUGGAUGGGUUCAGAGCGUUGUUUAUUUUUGAUGUUUUAGCAUCAUGUUCAACUCACUGACCAAACCAGUCCGCAUUUCAACACUGCAUCAGAGUUUGUGCCAUUGAACCCUACAGCACGUGGUUAUAAAUUGUUUAUAAAAUGUGAU